UUGGACCUGGACCAGCGGCUGCGGCAGAGUAAUGCCCGCUUCGUGGCCUCCAUCAACCGUAUCAUGGAGCGGUAUAAUCAUCCUUUUGAAGAUGAUUUUCUUGUUUCCAUGGAAACUCUUACUUACAAUACGCCUGAUGGACCAAAAAAAUGGGCCCAAGUGUCAACCAAGAAGCUUAAAAAGUGGAAGAAGGAAGUACUUGAGGAAUCUCCUGAGAACUCUCAUGUGGAUACAUCUGGUAUAGACCAAGACAGCGAUGCCGAUAUAGCUUCAGUAAGAAGAAAAUUUGAAGACAUUCACUUCCAGAAUCUGUCUGUAGAUGAUGAGAAAAGCCAAGAGAAAGUAAAAGUUCCAGUGGAUGUGAUAGUGCAAGACCCUGCUAGAAAUAUUCCCAAAUGGAUUACGAUGGCACCUCCAGGUUCAUCAGAAGGCCUUCAUUUAUCCUUGCCAGUGCAAAAGCUGACUGGCAACCAAAAUGCUGUUUGCAGAAAGAGAGUGGAGUUGUCAAAUGAUUGUUCUUUGUCUGGACCUCAACAGUUGCAAUUUUCUGGUGUUCCCAUUUCAUCAGAUACAAUAACUUUACCCAGGCAUCAACCGUCUCCUGAACUGAAGAGAAUUUUCUAUGAUAGUAUCUUGGAAGAAUACCAGUGUGCAGAUGAGGAAUGCUCCUGGAGCAGUGUAACUCUUGCAGACCUGUAUCCAGCGAUGGUAGGGAUACUUACAAGGCUCAUGACAAAGCAGUCUCGGAGAAGAGAGUUAAAAUACAUAUUUGGACACUUAAGACACAAAAGAUGGCAUUCCAGAAGACCAAAGCUCAAUGUCACUGUAGACAAAAUAAGAGGGUUCAGACCUCAUAAACCGAAGCAAGCACUACCCAGCAUAUGCAGCAGUAGAAGUGAAGACAUCCAUAAUCAAAAUUUUGUUAAGGACAACAGAGCACAUUGUGAUAACAGGUGUUCCAUUAAUAAUUUAUCUGAUCUGGUACCUUAUUCUUACAUCGAUACAAAUGAAAACAAAAUGGACUACUCUGACUCAAGUUUGGAACAUCAUUUGGUAUUUGGAGAAGGCCAAAAAUUCUCCAGACAGACUCUUUUUCCUAAUGUUAUGGCUAGAAUGGGAGAGACUUUUCUAGUUGAAGACGAGUUGCAGGCUGCUGUCUCACCCGUGAAUUCAGUGUGCAAAGAAAAUGAAAAAUUGCCUUACAAAUGUUCCUUGGAAUAUCGUUUUAUACCAUCUACUGCCAGUUCAGGCUCAACAGCGCUUCAUCUGGUAAACGACAGUAAAACUCAAAAAACUGACUUCCCUUGUGGUAAUACCUCAGAAUUAGGUUCACCUGCUUGCAGCUCUUACGGCAAUAGUAACGCUUCUAAACCUGUUGCAAACUGUUCUCUUGCAAGAGCAUCAAAUACUUUGCUCAUAAAUCCGGAAAAAAUAAUUUCUGAAAGACGAAUUUCUUUCCAGCGCCAACACUCAUUUUCCUCAUUGCCUAUGGACCAGAGUCCUUCCAGGAUGCCCCAGAAACAUGAAGAUGCAUUCGAAAAACUCUACUAUAAACUGUGUUCCAAAGAAAUCAAAAAGCCUUUGACAUUGACAAGACCUCUUUCAAGUUCACAGAAACUUGAAGAGAAAGGAAAGCUAGUGAAGAGAAAUCUAAGUGAUUCUCUGAUGUGCAAUACACAGUACGAUGAGAAUUUGACAAGAUCUAUGAGAAAUUGUGUAGUGAGACUGUUCCAAAACUUUCUGGAUUUCGGAGAGCUUCAAAUUUAA